CGCAUACCAAGACCUAGGAUCAAAGUCCGCCAAAACAAUGGACUUGAGCCACGGAUAUUGAUGACGCGACAAGCUGUCAUCCUGAUGCUUUCCAUCAGCUUACUUUUGCAUUCCCAUGCCCAGGGAAUUAGCAACAUGGACUGACUACCCAAGGCUUGAAGGGAAACGCCCAGCCACGCAACGGACACAUUUCUUUAGAAAUGAGCUCAGCGUAGUGACAGAAAAAGAGCAGACCUGCAGUUUGGAUUGAAAAGGCCAGUUCACAAAAGCAAGUACGUGGUCAACAAUGUCAGAUCAGGCCGAAACGGAACAAUCGGCAACGCCCGAAAACGCCCCGCUCCUUGGCUCAUCCAGCACUCCAGCGGAUGAGCACGCGACCGAUGACCAGAACGCGAUUCCGGGGAAUACCGAUGUGGAAGCAGAUGCCCGGGUUGUCUCUCGUCCAGAGGGCCGGCCGAAGGACAUAUUCAUUGGGACAUGGCUGUCUCUCGUGCUGUCGGCAGUAGGGCUUGCAGGCUUCAUUGCGGCUUUUGCCUUCCUGGGGAAGCUGACCAUCUCGGAAAGUCCUAAUUUGGGGUGGUGGACGCAAUACUCGGCGCCAUGGUUCACGGUCAUGUCCGUCGUGGCCCUCACCUUUGCAAUCUUCAACCUCCGCCUGCUUUACCGGAAGAACAAGCCGAUGUGGCUGGGCCCGAAUCUCUUCGUGGAUAUGGCGAUACCCUUGAUACUGGUUAGCCAUACCAAAGGCUCGCCCGCGGGCGACUGGGCUUACUGUAGCCCGCAUUACCCGAAGCGACCGCCGAGCAAUCCUUAUGAGCCUGCUUGUUUGGACAAUGCCGUGACCGUCAACGUCCUAUUGGGUAUUGCCUUUGGCUCGACUUUCCUGCUUGCAUUUGUCCAUCUUUAUCUAGCCAUCAAGCGUUGGAUUGAGGUCUUUCGCGCUCGGAGACGUGAAGGAAAUGGGAUAACCCGCUUCGGAAUCCCUAGCGGUCAACUCAGCUUCAAGUUUACGAUCAAGUUUCUCGACCAGGAUGGUUUAAGGGCCAGAGAAGAUGCUUCUAGGGCGCAGGAAUAAAUGCUGUCAAGCUUCCUGCAUCGGUUGGUGCUGUAGGGGAAAGUCUUUCGCGAGGGGCUGAAAUUCGGAGCCGAAAAGGAGGACACUCCAUGGGCAUUAAAUUUUUGGACUCCAAUCUUACCCCGUUUGGCAGUUAAUUUAUUCGGUAGUUUUUCUGCUUUAAUCGUCGUUCCGGCGUGACAGUAUUAGUUUACGUCGUCAGCUUCGGCGGUUCGUUAUGUUGCUGAAUAUUAUUGACCCCCAUUAGGCAAGG